CCGGUGCCGCCCGGAGCGCCGAGGCGGGGCCGCAGCGGCGGCACGGGGAAGAUGCGCUCGGCGGCGCGGCCAGCCGGGCUCCUCCUGCUCUGCGGGGUGGCCUUGGGUCUCUACUUCCCCAGGAAGGAGUACUUGGAGAAUGUCUACCUUGAGCAGCCGGCAGGAACGCCGCUGCUGCGCGUCCAUGCCCUGAGGGAUUCGCGUGAGGAAGUGGCCCACUUUCAUCUGUGCCACAAUCUCAUAGCUCCUCGAGCAAGACCACAAGAAAAUAAUUGGUUCCAAAUCAGAGAAGAAACAGGACUUCUCUACCUCAGCAAAAGCCUGGAUAGAGAGGACUUUAACAUGCUGUCUGUAGGAAAUGGGAUGCAAUUGUCCAAGGUGAUGCUGUAUGUCUUCCUUUCAUCCCACCCUUUCCAAGAGAAGGAAUGUGACUCUGCUGCACGCACCACGGUUUUCCUCACUUUGAUCAAUGCUACUGCACCAGCUUGCAGUUCCCUGACAGCAAGGCAGCUUUGCUUCACAGAAAUGGAUCUCUCCUUUCACAUCCAGGAGAAUAAACCACCUGGUACAUUUCAUCAGCUCCGGUUACCCUCAGUUCAUCAUCUGUGUCAGAAUCUCAGCAUUUCCUACAAAUUGCUUGCAGGGGAAGGAGUUCCCUUUCGGUACAACGAGAACACCACCAGCGUGCGGGUGACGCAGCGCCUGGACCGCGAGGAGAGGGAGCGAUACGAGCUCAUUGCCAAGUGCACCGUCAGAGAGGGGCUCAGGGAAAUGCAGGUGGAGGUGCCGUUCCUGGUGAACGUGUUAGAUGAAGAUGACUCUCCUCCCUUCCUUCCCAACGGCACUGAUACUGCAGACGCUGUUGUGGAGUUCAACAGGAAAGAGGGCACUGUUCUUUCCACGCUGACUGUGUACGAUGCAGACACCACACCUAUUUAUCCCCUUGAAAGCAGCAGAAAGAAAUACACAGGAACCAUCAUUACUGAGGAUCCCUGGAUAAGUGAAACAUUUCGUGUAGAGCACAUCUUUGAUGAAAUCCACUUCAGCCCAAAUGGCAGCCAAGUGAGGGGAACUCGGCACGAGUACAAGCUGGUACUGAAUAAAAGCAUUCCAGUCACAGAGCAUCGUUCCUUCCAGCUGGAUGUUUUGGUGAAUGACACAGAAUUCCAUGGCCCAGAAAGAUCGGUGAUGCUCCAUUUCAAUGUCUCCAUCCUCCCUGUCAGCAUUCAGUUUUCAAACAUAACUUACCAGUUCACAGUGAACAGAAAUGCUGAACGUUUUGCACAAGUGGGAAAGAUCUGUGUUGAAAACUGCAUGAAGUUCCGUGGUGUAAACAUCACCUACAAGUUGCUGUCCCCCAACUCAAGCUGCCAUCCUGUCAACAUUCUGCAAGGCCGAGAGGACAAAUUUGGGAGCCUGUAUGUGAACGAUUCCUCUGUGCUGCGCAGACCUGAGUGCAAGGAAAUCCAGUACACUGUGCAAGCUACUGACAAGCAGAGCAGGAAACACACCAAAACCCUCCUCACUGUUGUCCUGGAAGGGACUCUUUUAAAAAAAGAAGAGGACUGUCCUGACUCUUGUGCUAUAAGUAAGCACCGUGCUGAAUGUGAAGAGUGUGGUGGCCUGGGAGUGCUAACAGGAAGAUGCCAGUGGAGGCAGGGGAGUGGGAAAGGGAUCACCACAAACUACUCCACGUGCACCCCAAGCAUCAAGACGUGUCCAGAUGGCAUCUGUGAUGUGGUGGAGGGCAGAGACCCGGCUGUGUGUCCCCAAGACUGCACAAGUGGAAACAUUAUUGGUGGCCAUGGGAAAGGCAUUGGAAAUCUUGGAAUUAAGGCAGGACAUGGGAUUUGUUACUGCUUCCCAAGACAGAACUGUUAUUGUGAGAAAGAUGAUAUCAAAGAGCAACUGUGUGAUGACGUGUGCAAGACCGUGAUCACAGGGGCAGUGGUGCUGUGCUUUGUCAUCUCGGUGCUGGUUUCCUUCUACUGCAUCCACCGGUACCACAAGAACUCCCCGAAGGCGCCCAUCGCCUCGGCCGAGAUGACGUUCCGGCGCCCCGCGCAGUCCUACCCCAUCAGCUACUCCUCCAGCAACGUGCGCCGCCCCUCCCUGGACUCCAUGGAGAACCAGGUGGCUGUGGACGCCUUCAAAAUACCUGAAGAUCCAAAGUGGGAAUUCCCUCGGAAGAACCUAGUUCUGGGCAAGACUCUUGGAGAAGGAGAAUUUGGAAAGGUCGUCAAGGCGACAGCGUUCCGGCUUAAGGGAAGGGCUGGCUAUACCACUGUGGCAGUGAAAAUGCUGAAAGAAAACGCUUCCCAGAGUGAGCUGCGAGAUCUCCUUUCAGAGUUCAACCUUCUGAAACAAGUCAACCAUCCUCAUGUCAUCAAACUUUAUGGAGCCUGCAGUCAAGAUGGCCCACUGUAUUUAAUUGUGGAAUAUGCCAAAUACGGCUCCUUGCGCAGUUUCCUCAGGGAAAGUAGGAAAGUUGGCCCCAGCUACGUGGGCAGUGAUGGCAACAGGAAUUCCAGUUAUUUGGAUAACCCUGACGAGAGAGCCUUGACCAUGGGAGACCUGAUCUCGUUUGCAUGGCAGAUAUCCCGGGGGAUGCAGUACCUCGCAGAAAUGAAGCUUGUGCAUCGGGAUUUAGCAGCCAGGAACGUCUUGGUGGCAGAAGGGCGCAAAAUGAAGAUUUCGGAUUUUGGCCUCUCACGUGAUGUGUAUGAAGAAGAUUCCUAUGUAAAGAGGAGCAAGGGUCGAAUCCCUGUGAAAUGGAUGGCCAUAGAGUCACUGUUUGACCAUAUCUACACAACACAAAGUGAUGUAUGGUCAUUUGGAGUUCUGCUAUGGGAGAUUGUUACUUUAGGAGGCAAUCCUUACCCAGGUAUUGCUCCUGAAAGACUCUUUAACCUCCUAAAAACAGGCUAUAGAAUGGAGAGACCAGAAAACUGCAGUGAAGAAAUGUACAGCCUCAUGCUGCGCUGCUGGAAGCAAGAAGCUGAUAAAAGACCAACAUUUACUGAGAUCAGCAAGGAACUAGAGAAGAUGAUGGUGAAGAGUAGGGACUACUUGGACCUUGCAGCUUCCACGCCCUCCGACUCCUUACUGUACGAUGACGGGCUCUCCGAAGAGGAGACACCUCUCGUGGACUGUAAUAAUGCUCCCCUCCCUCGAACCCUCCCUUCCACAUGGAUUGAAAACAAACUCUAUGGCAUGUCAUACCCGAACUGGCCUGAGGAGAGCCCCGUUCCACUCACAAGAUUCGAUGGCACUAACUCUGUGUUUUCAAGAUAUGCAAAUGAUAGUGUAUAUGCUAACUGGAUGGUUUCACACUCAGCGGCAAAAUUUAUGGACAAGUUUGAUAGCUAAAAUUUUCUUUGUGAAAGGUAAUGGACUCCUGAGGAAAGCAAGGAGGCAAAGAGUGGGAAGUCCAUUGACUUGUUCUUUGUACAAUCAACAACGAACUUUAAGAUUGGCAAAUCCUUUUAUUGAUAGUUUUUCAAGUGUGUUAUUUAUGCUGAAGACUAUAAUUGGCACUCUCCCCUUUCAGAAAACAUAUCAAGCUGAAUAAGAGUUGUAGUUCUGGUACUUCUUUCUAAGUUGCCAGUUUGCAUAUGGUUCCAUUUGGCAACUUCUUAGAGCAAAUGGCCUUGCACUUCAUCCUCAGUGGUUUUUAGACUAACCACCCUGUGUUACAGCAUUCUGGGAUGGUAAAAUGUACUUGAACUGCUACUUUUAUAGUGGCUGUUAGCAUACAGCCACUUGAUCUAAGCAGGAAGCACAAACAAUAUAUAGAAGGGAGGAGGGAAAGAGGUUCCUAGAUUACUGAACUUGCUAUCAAAUGUUAGAAUGUUGGAGUGAUGUUGGCACUAACAAAGCCAAUAUCUUGGUUUGGAAGCAAGCAUUUAGUAACUCAAUAGAGGACUUGAGAUUCAACAUUUGAAGUCUUGUAAAAUGUAUUGUUUUGUCUUAAUGAGAAGAGAAUUUGUUUUAUUAGUCUUAACUUCUCUUACCUUUAGCACAAUGGAGAUAAAUUUGAUACAAGAUAAGCUGUAUAGACUGAUGGCAAUCAAGAAUGUUCAUCUGACACAUUUACUUUCCAUCACUUUUCAUGUUAGUAAUGUUAAAAAAUAGAGUCUUGUACAAUCAUAGUUUCUUUUAUGAGUUAUAAAUCGGCUACACAGGAUUUUUAGACUGAAUUCAUAGAAUAGAAUAGUGACAUCAUAGAAUGGUUUCUCUUGGAAGGGAACUUGGAGGUCAUGUAGUUCCAACUCCCUGCCCUGCUGCCUGCUCCUGUGUUGUGGAGAGGGACACCUUCCACUCAUCCAGGUUGCUCAAAUUCCCAUCUAACAUGGACUUGAACACUGCCAGGGAUGUGGCAUCCACAACUUCUCUUCAACCUGUUCCAGUACCUCACCAUCUUCACAGUGAAUAACUUAUUUUUAAUAUCUAACCUAAACCUGCCUUCUUUCAGUUUAAAGCCAUUUCCCUAUCCUAACAUUACAUGCCCCAAUAAAAACUCCCAAUCCAGCUUUCCUGUAGCUCCUUUAGGUACUGAAAGGUGGCUCUCAGGUCUCCCCAGGGCCUUCUCUUAUCCAGGCUGAACAGCCCAAACUCUCUCAGCCUGUCUUUAUAGGAGAGGUGCUCAGCCCUCUGUCAGUCUUUGUGACCCUUAUCUGGACCCAUUCCAACAGGUCCAUGAAGUCCUUAUGCUGGGAGUGCCAGAACUGAUGCUGCACUCUGGGUUGGGUCUCACAGAGUAGAGGGGGAGAAACCCCUCCUUGACCUGCUGCCCACACUGCUUUUGGUGUAGCCUGGGAUACAGUGGGCUUGUUGGGCUGUAAAAAUAUAUUCCCUGAUCAUAUUGAGCAUCUCAUCAAUCAACACCCCCAAGUCCUUUUCCCAGGGCUGCUUUCAGUCCAUUCUCCAGCCAUCCUGUCUCUGUGCUGGGAUUGCCCUGACCCAGGUGCAGGACCUUGUCUUACCUUGUUGAACUUGAUGAGGUUUUUGUGGGCCCACCUCUCAAGCCUUUCAGGGUCCCUGUGGAUGGCAUCCCUUCUCUCCAUGGUGUCAGCUGCAACACACAGCCUGGUGUCACUAAAAAACUUGCUGAGGGUGCCCUUGAUCCUGCUGUGGAUGUUGCCCCCAAAGGUGUCAAACAGUGCCAGUCCCAAUACCGACCCUGAGGAACCCAGCACUGGUCUCCACUUGGACAUUGAACUGUUGACAGCAACUCUGAGUGUGACCAUCCAGACAAUUCCUUAUCCACCACAUGGUCCUUCCAUCAAAUCCAUGCCUCUUCCGUCUCAAGACAAGGAUGUAAUGUAAGACAGUGUCGAAUGCGCUGCACAAGUCCAGGUAGAUGGCAUCAACCCCUCUUCUCUUACCAACCAGAACUGUAAUCCUGUCACAGAAGGAUGUUUGUAGGGUUUGCCCUUAGUGAUACCAUGUCACCCUAUUUUCCAUGUUUUGUCAUCAGGUUCUGUGGACUUAUGGACCCUCAGGUUCCUGAGCUGGUUCAGAACCUCAUCUUCCCCUGUGGUGGGAGUUUCUUUAUUCUCACAGUCCCUGCCUUUGCCACCUUGCAAAGGGGCUCAUGCAGACUUGGGCCUCAGUGGCUGAAGAACUGGCUGGUGAAGACCAAGGCAAAAAUGUAUUCAAUGACAUUGAGUACCUCAGCCUUCUCCAUGUCCCAGGUAACCAAGUCUCGUUUCUUUCUGGAGAGGGCUCACAUUUUCACCGAUGUACCUGUAGAAGCUUUUUUUUGUUGCCCUUGAUGUCCUUGGCCAGAUAGAAUUCAAUCGGGGCUUUAGCUUCCUAACCUGAUCCCUGGCUGCUUGGACAGUUUCUCUGUAUUCCUCUCAGGCUGUCUGUCCUUGCUUUCACCCUUUUUCUGUGGGGGAAACAUAGGCUUCCUUUCUGUGUUUGUCUGGGAGCUCCUUGUUCAUCCAUGCAGGUCUCCUGACAUUUCUGCCUGACUUCCUCUUUGUUGCAUUGGUCCUGACCUUGCAAGAGGUGAUCCUUGAAUAUUAACCAGAUUUCUUGGGUCACUCUUCCUUUCAGGGCUUUAUCCCAUGAUACUCUACCCAGAAGAUUCCUGAAGAGGCCAAGGUGUGCCUUCCUGAUGUCCAGGUUAGUGAGCUUGCUGUGUGCCUCCUCGCUGGCCUCAGGAUAUUGAAGUCCCCCAUUUCAUGGUUGCUGCAGCCAAAGCUGCCCUUGAGAUUCACAUUCCCCACCAGCCUCUCCUUGUUGGAAAGAACAAGGUCCAGCAUAGUGAGUCUCCUCGUUUACUCCUUAGUCACCUGGAGAAGUAAGUUAUCCAUGAAUCUCUUGGAUUGCUCGUGCCCUGCUGUGUUGUCCCUCCAAUGGAUAUUGGGGUAUGUGAAGUCCCCCAUGAGGACCAGGGCCUGUGAAUAUGAGGCAGCACCUCUCUGUCUGUAGAGGGUCUCAUCUGCUUGGAUCUCAUCUCCUGGCUGGGUGGCCUUAGACUCCCACUAUAAUGUCACUUGUCCUUGCCCUCACUUUAAUCCUCGCCCGCAAACUCCUCAUCCAACCCCAGUACAGCUUCAAACACUCCACGUGGUCAAGGACAUAGUGGGCAGCACUCCUUUCUCCUGUUUCCUGCCUGUCCCUCCUAAAGGGCCUGUAUCCUUCCACUCCAACACUCCAGUCACAGGAGCCAUCCUACCACGUACCUGAUGCCAGUAAGCUCACAGCCCUGCAGGUGUGCUCAGUCUCCUGCUGCUCUUGUUUAUCCCCCCAUGCUAUGUGCAUUUGCAAAAAGGUGUUUAAGUUGGGCCUCUGAUGGAGGAGACUUACUGGCAGGAAUGGCUGGAAUUCCCUUGCACAGCACUUCAGGUUCUCUCUUGCUGAUUUGCAAUCCCUCUCCAUGCUCUGGGUGUUCCUUGCUGGUGCUGGCAUCAAAUGAGUGGGAGUGGAAUGGAUUGAGGAUUCCCUCUCUCAGCCACUUGAGUGUAAGCCUUCUUGACCAGCUUGGCAAGCCUGUGACCAGACAUGUUCCUGGCAGGUGGGCUCCCAUCAGACUCUGCCAGCCCAGGCUUUCAGCACGAGUCCCCAGGAGCAGCCAGACCCCUGGCUGUGGCACUAGACCCCUCACCAUUUGCUGAUUUGCCAGAUUCACCUGGCCCUUUCAAAGCCCUUCCCUUUGACAGGGAGGACUGAUGAAAAAGUUGCCAGCACCUGAGUCCCUCAGUGCCACUCCAGAGAUCUGUAAUGUCCUUGGAUCCUCCUCAGAGCACUCCUGGCUGUAUCCCUGGUGCACACACGGAACAACAGUAGCAGAUAAUUGUCAGGAGACUGUAUGAGGCUUUGGUGACAUCCCUGCUGCAGCUCUCUGGUAAUCUGUCAGGUUGAUGAGUGGCUCCCUCCGUGCCUCUCAGAGGAAAGUCCCCUGGUACUGUCACCUGUCACCUUUGCUAGUUGUGCUGGUUGUUGCACAGGGACAGGUGGGGCUGUCUGACUCAGCUCCAGCCUCACCCCUGAUGUGAUGGGUCUUCCCUCUCCAGCCUGCAGUGCUGAAGUGGCUCUGCAGGGUCAACCUCGGGCUUCAGGGAAGUCUCUUCCUCCAGCAGGUCCUUGUCAUUUCAAGUUUCCAUUCUCUUGCCUUACUGACACCCCUCCUCCCUUCUGUGUGUGCGUGGUGGGGGAAUUUUUGCCUCUUUGGCUGUGGGUUUACUGCAGGCUGCCCUUGGAAUCAGCCAUCCAACUCCUCCACAGCCUGAAGUUAUGUAGCCUUCUCACCCCCUCCUGCUGCUCUGCCACAGGACAUCCUCUGCCUCAGCACACCUUUUGCAGAUACUCAAGUACAGAGAUUUUGUUUGCAGUCUUGUUAAGUGGGUUGGAGACCUCCUCUCAGCUUCAAAUUGCAUAUACUGCCAUGCACAGGACACUGCCGUAACAUAAUUCCAAAUAAACCUGUUACCUUGAAAGUAACAAAUAAAAAACAGUUGCACAGAAAAUAUUGGUCUAAAACUCUGCUGUUGAAACUACUCAAGGCAAAUGUCACUGGAAUUGGUUAAGGUGGAAUAUUAAAAUGUUGUCCUUACAAAAGUGACUUGAUAUUUGGGAGAACAAUCAGACUGUGAGUCAUGUUCUAUGUGGAAGAGUAAAUGAUCAGCACUACUUUUGUCUUUAUUUGUAAUCUACCAUGGUUAAGGGUAACCUUUUGUUUGCUACAAAUGUUGGGAUGUAAAUCCCGAGUGACUCGUUGUUAGCGUUGUGAUGGUUAUUCUAAAUAAUCCAAUUCUACCAAAGCUUGCUCCUGUCACAGUCCAAUUUAGAUGUUUCAGAUCUGUUUUCAGAUGUUGUUUUGUGUAUCAACUUUAUGUUUCCAUUAAAGUCUGUGAUUUCAGAAACAUG